CUUUUAAUAAUUACAUAAUAUUUUAUAUUUCUUUAAAUAUAUAAUAAAAAAUUAAUAUUUGUUUAUAUGUUAAACAUAUAUUGAAACAAAUUUAUUAAAAUUAUUAUAUAUUUACAAAUAGUAGAUAAACUACAAAAUAGGCUCCAAUAUCGCAUUUCUUAUUAAAUUAAUAUCAAUUAGAUUCUACAUCGAUGAAUAUAUAAAAUUAACAUUCAUGGGUGCUAUGACACCCAUUAAAUUCUCUUUCUUACUGUUAAUUGUGAACGCAUUGUGCGCUUUUCCAUCCCCUGUUCCGUCUCUUUUUAACGAGAUUAUAAGUCUUUCUAUCCUAUUCUAUCGCGUGUCGCAUUGCGCGUUUAUUGGUGCGCAGGCUCAUUGCAACUUAGCCACAAAACUUUUUCGAAGACCUCAUUUAACAACAAACCGGUCUUUUGAGGAAUUGCGUCAUGAAUCCAUAUUUUCUAUGACCUAUCAGAUUCAGCAUCGAUUUUUUUUGAUAACGAUAUCUAAAACAGUAUUGUAUAGAUAGUUAGUCCAUAGAACAUUGUACCGCGUCACGUUUAGCGCAUCACGCAUCUGCAGAGCUUACGGCUAUGCGUAAUACAAUCGACCAACUAUUAUCUUACUCUUUUUUUUGUGUUCGUCGAACGAUGCCUAUAGAAGAUUACAAACUUGUUGUAAUUGUAUUGUAUUAGAAUCAAAAAAUUUAGUAAUAUAAUAAAAUAUAUAUGAAGUAUACAUAAUUAUAGGUUAGAAAGUUUGACAUUUUUUAAAGUUUGACACAUUAAAUGUAAUAAAAAAAAAAUAAAAAUACUUUAAAUAAUAGUAAUGAAUGGUAUAACUCGAAUAAAUCUUUUUUAUAAUAUAACAUUUUAUAUUAAAUAUAUAAAUUAUAGCAUAUAAAUUUAUUAUUUUAUUAAAUUCAUUUCAAAUUUAAAUUACUUUUGUUACAAAAUAUUAUUUCCUAAAGAAAAUAUUACAAACUUAUAUCAUAUUAUUAAUUUGCUUAAAUUAUAAUAUUUAUUUCAAAUUAUAAAAUUUCAAAUUAUAUUUAAAAUUAUAUAUUUAUUUGUUACAAAUUUUUUUAAAAUUUAUUUAGAUUUUAACUAAAAAAUAAAACUAUAAAAACCAUUUUUAUUACAUGAAUUAUCAUAAUUUUAAUAAGAGAAUUUUAAUAAAUAAAAAUUUUUAUUCCAUUAAAUAAUUUUUUUAUUCCAGAUAGGAAAAAUUUGUAGUUAUAUAUAUUAUACAUAUUUGUAUUUUGUACAUAUUUUUGUACAGUAAUUUCCAAAUCCAAGAUGACCUUGAUAUACUUUCAAAAAAUUGGCGUGAAGGAACCGUCAUUUCCGUUAGGUAGCUAAGUACAUACGUGAACAUUCUUUUUUGCCGCACGCAUGCUCAUCGCUUAUUAUUGAUAUCGCGAACAUCGUGCGACGGCGUACCGCAUAUCGGUCACGGCCACCGAUGAAACUGUUAAUUAUCUAUUAGAUAUGAACGAGGUUUACGAAUAUCGAUAUUAAAGUAAUAUCAUAAUUUUAAAUGAAUUAAGAAUUCUAAUAUGCAAAAAAAUAUGCAAACAAAUGAUUUACAAAUCAAUAAGAAAAAUUAAUUUAUUAUAUGAUAUCAUGAAUAUUAGAAUUUGAUAGAAAACUAAUUAUAAUUAUAUUAAAAUUUAUAUUAAAAAUAUAUUUAUAUUUGCAAUUAAUUUAAUAUUAUAUUAUAAUUAAAAGAAUAUUAUAUGGAUUAAUAUUAUAUUACUUUUGUCAAUAGACAAAAGAAAUACUAAAGCAUAAAAAUUCAUAAAAAUUAUAUAUAAAUUUUAAUUAAUUUAAUGUAUGAGUUACAUAAAAAUAUGUAUGAAUUACAUAUAUUUUGCAAUAAAUUAUAUGUCAAUAUGUUGCAUGCCACAAUAUUUAAAGAAUUAAUUCUUGUAUGCAAUGUAUUUGUUUGUAUUAUUAUAAAAUAUAUAAUUACAAAAUUUUAUUUUAUCUAUAUUUAAUUUAUAUUUAUAUUAUUAUAUUAUGUUAUAAAAGAGUUUAAUAUUAUAUUUUUAAUUAUAAACUAUAUUUUUUUUCUUAAUUACUCUUAAAUACAAAAAGUAGGCGAUGAAAGAGAUAAUAAAAAAAAUUAACAUAAUAAUAAUACAAUAUAUAAUAUAUAAUAUAUAAUGUAAUAUUUAAUAAAAAUUCUAGCAAAUUAUAUAUUAUAUAUUAUUAUAUUAAAAGUAUAUAUCCACAUAAAAUUAUUUUCGAAUUAUUUUAAAAAUUAUAAGUAAAAAUUACAAUUGAUAUUUUAUUUUUCUUAAUUAAAAGAAUAAUUUAAAAAAUUUUUUAAAAUAUAAAUAUAAAAAUGUAACUAAUUUCUUUAAAUUUUAAACAAAAAUUAUUUUUUUAUCGUAUUUGGAAACAUCGAAAAAUAUAUUUAAGAAUAACAUAAUCACAGAACAUAAUCAUAUAGUACCUACUAAUGCAAUAAUGAAUUUGAAAAUGUUCAAUAGUAAUCGAUAAUACAAAUAUACAAAUUUAUCAAUUUACAUAACAAAUAUUUUUUAAAUAGAAAGUUUAUAAAAGUUUUAUAAUUUCCCGAGUAUUAUUCCCGAAAAUUAUAUUUUCAAUGAUAAAAUUAAUUUACAUAUAAUAUGAAUAUACAAGAUAUUCUAAUUAAUCAUGCAAUAAAUUUAAAUUGAUUUUGCUAGUAUAAUAAAAAAAUAUUUAAAAAAAUAUUGAUAUGAAAUAAAGAAUUUUUUGACACAAAAAAAUUUGAAAGCAUUAUUAGAAUUUUUUAAAUAACAUCAUUAAUAUAUUUUUUAUUUAUAUUUUUAUAAUAUAUAAAAAAAUAAAAUUAAACAUGCAAUAAAAUACAUUAGAUAUUUUAAUCAUGAUAAAAAUUUAAUUUUUAUUCGAAAUAUAAACUUAGAAAAAUAAAAAAACGAAAUAAUUUUAAUUAACAAUUAUUUAGAAUCUUUUAAUUGCAACAGUAACAAUUAGUUUAUUGAAUAUUUUCUUUUUUUCUUAUAUAUAGAAUCAUGAACUCGUCAUUCACAUUUUUUUCUCGCACGUCAUACGAUGAUCAUGCAUUCAAUAUAAUCAACUAAUACCAUCCCACAAAUCAAAAUUUUAUCCUAAAUGAAAUAAUCAAUCUAUAUUUUUUAUCAUUAUUUUUCUAAGAUUCAUAAUUUUUAAAAAUAAUAUUAAAAGAAAAUUUAAUUACAUUAAAUAACUUACAAUAAAUUUAAAUUAUGUUCUAUUAUUAGAAUUAAAUGUCGAACUUUAAAUUAAUUUUCUAUAUCAAAUUAUUUUCUAUAUUAAAUUAAAUCUUAUAUCAAAGAAUUUUAAAUUUACAUUAAAUUUAUUUUAUACUUAUUCAAAAUCAAAAUCAUUAUAUAUUAUAUAUUACUAUGAAUUUAUUGAUAAAUAAUCCUAAUGAAAAACGCAAAUAAAUAAACUAACAUGUUGCAAAUCAAUUUCAUCUAUGAUGUUAUAUUAUAUGAUUCAAUUUAUGUCUUUAUAUGAAAUUAGAUACUAAUCUUUUAUCAAUCAUAUCAUUUAUUCCUCAUUGUUAGUUUUACAUUCUUUUUUUUACCCAUUUUAACUUUUGUAACAAUUUUACGAAUCUAAAUAAAAUUUCUAUGUAUUUCAAUUACGAAACAUAUAAUUUUUAUAUUUCAUAUAUUUCAUAUAAUUCAAUAAUAAAAAUAGAGUAUAUAUAAAUAGAGUAUAUGUUUUUCAUGUUUUGAUUUUCAAUUUUUUAAUUCUUUAAUUCCAAUAUUAUAAAUGAAAACAAAUUUUUAAAUAGUUAUAGAAUAAAUGUUGAAUAUUAAAUCUAUAUCAUUAAUAUGAUGCUUAAAUAAUUAUAAUAUUUUUUUAUUCAAAGUUGCGCAUUAUUUUUAUUUGAGAAAAUAUGAGAAAAUAUCGACCGACUCUAUGAAAGAACAUUGCAAUAUUAAAGCUGAAGUUAAUGCAAGGGAUGGUCCAUGUAAAAUAAACUAUUUAAAUAUUUUCUUUUUCUUUCUCUUGGAAAUAGAAUCGAAAAUUUUCAUUGUAAUAUAAAAUUAUAAUUAAAAAUUUUGUAUCAAAAAUAUAAUAUAGAAACUUUUUACAAAUAAAAAAAAUUAAAGAUUUAUAUAAUUGAAAGAUUGUUAUAAUUUUCUUUAUUUAAUAACUUAGAAUAUAGAAAUAUUAAUUAAUAUUAUUAUUAAAUGUAUUAUAAACAAGUAUAUAACAAAAUAUUUGAACAAUAAAAAGUAACAAUUUCACUUUUCUAUACAGUGAAUAUGAUGAUCUUAGUAUUCAUUAACUAAAAUCGUUUCGUGAAUGCAAUUUUAAAAUAUUUUAUAUAGACUGUAAGCAUUAAUCCAUCAUAACUUAUUAUUUACAAGACAAAAUAGAAAACGAAAUCAAAAAGAGUUGUACUAUUUCUCCUAAAUCUUUUUUAUCCAAUAAACUAUCAUUUAAGUCCAGAUUUUUUAUCAUUCUAGAAAUAGUUUAAAUUAAAACCAGAUAAAAAUUAUGAAAAAUUAUUAAGAUUACAAUUUAUAAAAAUUAAUUGUAAAUGAAUAAUAUCGUUCCAAUAGUUAUCGUUAAUACUUACUGACAUUAUUUACAACUAGGAAAUUAACAAAAAAUCUUAAAGAAGCAAAAAGAGAAAAGAAAAAGCAAAAGAGAAGAUUAAAAUGGAAGAAAAAAAUUAGGAUAAAGUAAAAAUAAAGAUAGAUAAAGAGUGUGGAGAAUAAAAAAGAGAAACAAGAAAGAAGAGAAAAAAGACAAAGAGGGAGAUGUAGGGCUAAACGCACCCGAAAAACGCGCUCAUUGCAUUCGAGCCAUCUCUCGCAGGGAAGCCCGGCUUUGACCCGGUAGCCGGCGGCGGCACAGUCCGCGCGGCUGCCUGACGCAUUGCAGGUGCGCGUCGGCCAAUCACAAGCCUGGUUAGUUCGCCCGGACUUGUCCUGUAAACACGACCGCACCCACCCCGCAUGUAAAGCGGAUUUGCACGAUUGUCUAUGACGACUAUUCUGGUUUUCGCAGAGGAGAAGCCGCACGGAACUAUCUGUCGAUCGCGUAGGAAACGGCGCAGCGCAUCACCGCGUGAACUCCCCUUAACCCCCGUCUAGAUUGCCGACCAAUCGGGAGAUACCGUCAUGUAGCCGUUAGGGGCGGCGUAGUGAUACUUGACUGAGACAAGCGGCAGAGAGGCUCGUACACCGAGAGAGAACGGUGGACUCCAUUGCUGUCCUGAGUGCGUUUCUCAUCGGCCGUGUCGUAUUGCGUGUCUGUCCGUGCUUUCGUGCACAUAAGUUUUCUUUCCACAUUGGAGAUAUUGUGAAUAGUAUCCUUUGUGUUUAGUGCCUGAACAAUAUUUGAAAUCGUCGAACGUAUCAAGAUAUAAAAACGAGCCAAAAUGGCUGAUCAACUUACGGAAGAACAAAUUGCAGAAUUUAAGGAAGCAUUUUCGCUAUUUGAUAAAGAUGGAGAUGGUACCAUCACAACUAAAGAAUUGGGUACAGUUAUGCGAUCACUAGGUCAAAAUCCCACAGAAGCUGAGCUUCAGGAUAUGAUUAAUGAAGUUGAUGCAGAUGGUAAUGGCACAAUCGAUUUUCCGGAAUUUUUAACUAUGAUGGCUCGUAAAAUGAAAGAUACUGAUAGUGAGGAAGAAAUUAGGGAGGCCUUCAGAGUAUUUGAUAAAGAUGGAAAUGGUUUCAUAUCUGCAGCAGAACUCAGACAUGUUAUGACAAAUCUUGGCGAGAAACUCACUGAUGAAGAAGUUGAUGAAAUGAUUCGGGAGGCUGACAUUGAUGGUGAUGGCCAAGUUAAUUAUGAAGGUUGUAUAAUUAAAUAUAAUAAUUUUAAUUUAAAUAGUAAUAUAUAUUAUGUAAUUUCAGAAUUAAAAUAUUGUUAUCAAUAUUUUAAAAAUUCAAAUUAAAACUUUUUCAGUUAAAAUUUUAAAUAUUUGCAUAAUUUUUAAAUUUAAAAAAUAUAUUUAUAAAAUUAAAAUUCUAAGAAUCAUUUUAUUUGUCUAGAAUUCGUCACAAUGAUGACAUCAAAGUGAAUGCAACCUGUGUAAUGGAAAAACUUGCAACUUGGAGUGGUGUUGACGUAUUAAGAUAAAUCAAGAAACAAAGAAAAAUAUAAUGUUAACAAAAAACGAAUCGACCAGAAAGUGAAAAAAAUCUUGUAUCUGGACGCAAAGAUGUCUAUAAAACGCGAAAAAUUAACGUCCAACACGCGUUAAUCAUCAUUAACGAUAAGUAAUACAGGGCAAUUGUUUAAUUAAAAGAGUUAUACCACUGAAAAUCAUUAUCUCUAAAUACACAAAACUUAAUUACACAACAUAAACAUAAAAAUACAUAUUACUCGCACACAUACAUGAAUACAAAAAAUAUACAGCACACAGAAAUACCAUCUACAUAAAAGAUAAUUUAUUUCCGUAUUAAAAAGUAUAUAAUUAAAAAAUGUUAGAGAUAUAUAUAUAUAAUAUAUAUUAUAUAUAUAUAAUGUGUAAAAAUGCGUUUGUUGAUGAUAAAAGUUUCCCUAUUUUCCUCUCUUUUUGAUAUUUUCCUUUUCUUCUCUGCAUACUUUCGAAGAUUUUCAAAAUGCAAAUUUUUCUAAAUUCUACUUUUUAAAGUAUUGAGAAAAAUUAUUAAUCAGUGAAUGGAGGAGGGGAAAAGUAUUAAAAGAAAGGAAAAAUUAACAAAUUAUUAUGACAUAUUGUGUAGGUUUGAAUAUUAAUCAAGAUAAAUUAAAAAUUUAGUCUGAUUGUUCCUCAAUCAAAAAAAAAAUGUGUUUAUAACGUUAACAAUAUAAUAUUUGCUCUAGUGAGAAAUUUUAUCAGUAAUGUAUAUGUUAAAUAUGUUUGUUUUGCCAAAAAAAUUCGGUUUGAAUAUUUUUUUUUAUAAUACUUUUUUUUAUAUAUUUUUUUCAAAAAUAAUAACUUUUGCUGAUAAUUCCGUGCAUAUUAAAUUUUUUAUUGUAUCAUCAUGAAUAAUAAUUCUAUUUCUUCAAUAUCUGGAAAAUAUAAGGAUUAAAGAAAAAUCCUCAAGGAAUUCAAAGAUGCAUAGUAUUAUCUUAGAACACAUAUUUGUGUAAAGACAGAAUAUGAAAUUAAUUUAUAUCAGAAAUUUUAAUUUUGAUGAAACAUUAUGCUUUUUUAAUUUUGUUAUACCUUUAAAAAUCCUAUGUAAUAUACAACAUUAUACACGUACAUAAACACACAUACGCAAGUACACAACAGUAACAUAUAAAACAUUUCACCAAGUGCGUUCUGUAUUCAAUUUCAUUAUAAUCCCGUUUGUAUCUUAUCUCCACUGAAAAAGCCUUAAAACGCGUGCGCGUUAUACAACGUCGACACCACUUUUGUUGAAAUAUAAAUGAAAUCACAGGGAAAUAGGGAUGAGGGAUUAAAAAAGGAAUCAAGUCACAACAGUGAUCGGUGCAUUAUAUUUUCCUUCACCCAAGGAUGCGUGCCAGUCUCGCAAGAUGAGCAACUAAACCGGAAAAACUGGUGUGAUUGUGCGAUUCGUACGAUAAUGUUACUUAAAUAUUAAGAACAGACACCGAAGAGUGGAAACACAUGCGUGUCGGUGAUUCAGUCAUAAUAUAUAUGUAAUAUAUAUUAUAUAUACAUAUAUAUAAAUAUAUAUGCGUGUGUGUAUAUAUAUAUAUAUAUAUACAUACGUAUAUGUAUGUAUAUAUAUAUAGUUAUAUAUAAUUAAUUUACGAAAAAAAGGAAGAAAAGAAGAAAGAAUUCCUCCACAGUCCUUUAUUAUUUAAUAUUGAAGUGAACAAAAUGAGAAGUACUUGUAUUUCUGGUGACCUAGAUCGCAUUGAUCAUAAAAAGACAAAAUAAAUGUAUCCUCAUUUUUAGGUCACAACUACUCAAUUCGUUUCCUUCAUUAACCAAUGGACCUCUCGUUUCAGCCAUUUUUAUCUUCAUCGUCAUUUUCAAUGGCAUCUAGGAAUAGUUUGCCGACAAAAUGUAUGUGUAUAAUUCACUAUCAAGAUUCGCGUUAACAUAUCUACGAAGUUUCAUCGGUUCGAAAGCCUUUUAUAGAAAUAUUAAGGCAUACGAAUCGCAACAAAGAGCUCUUACAACUAUUUUACUUCACUUGCGAUCGUUCUGAUAGCUGUUAUCGUUAUUGUGAACAUAAAAUUAAAAUUUAGAUUUACGGCGAAAAUGUUCUCACUUUGUAAAGAUGCAAAAAAGAGAGAAAGAGGAAUCACGACAAAAGUCCUUUUGUAAAUGGUGAUAUAGAACUUAUUCAAAUAACAUCCCUAUUUAAAUGCUUAAACAAAGUUAUUGCUCGUUUCAUCGAUCAUUGACAAUUAGUGUUUAAGUCUAAGUUAAAAAAAUAUAUUCCAAUAUUUAAUAUUAAUUUUAUAUUCGUGUCGCAAGUUAUACAUAGUCUAAACUAUAAUUUUAUUGUUCAAAGUUCUUUACAGCAAGCGUCAGGAGCCGACAUUGAGUUAAAAAAAAUAAAAAAGUUAGUAUUGUAUUUAAAAAAUAACUAAAAGCUGAACUGAAAUUUAUCAACAAAAUGCAUUCUAAUUUCUUUAAGAGUUGUUUCUUGAGAUAUUUGUUCCUCGUAAAUAAAAUAGUAGAAAUUCUACAUCAUUCUUGUUCUCAAUCUUUUCUUCGAUACUAUAUAAAAAAUACUAAAAUGCGAUAUUUAUAAAACUCCGUCGUGACGUGGAUAAGACAUUAUUUAUUUUUGAUGUUUAUCUUUAAAAAAUAAUUCCAAUAAAUGUAUUUAUUCAUUCGGCUAACAAAGAAAUUUUUGCUAUGUUUCUUUAUCCUAUAUUUGAGAUUGUAUGAUUAUUAUUUCUAUUUUAUGUGAGAUAUUUUCCGCCAUAUUUCGAAGGCAUAUUUCAUUUAUCGUGCAUGACGAAGCGAUACAGUUUGUAUAAAGUGUUAUUAAGUUAAUAAAUUGUUCCCAUACAUUAAAAA